AUGAUGGAGGUGCCGUUCGUCAAGAUGCACGGGCUUGGCAACGACUUCAUUUUCAUCGCCCACCCACACCACCUGCGCAUCCUCAGCGCAUCCUCGCCCACCCCGGAGGACCACUCCACUCGGUUCGGGCAGGUGGCUCGCGUGCUCUGCCGGCGACGCUUCGGGGUGGGUGCCGACGGGCUCGCCCUCCUCCUGCCCGCCUCGCUCCCUCGCCACCACUUCAGGUUCGAGUUGUACAACGCCGAUGGUUCAGCGGCGGCGAUGUGCGGGAACGCGCUACGGUGUGCGGCCAAGCUCGCCUGGGAGCGGCGCAGACAGCUUCUGUCGGCGAGUGUCGAUGAGCCCGUGCUGGUCGUCGACACGCCCGCAGGGGAGAUGGUGGCCCAUCUGACGCUCAGCGAGUGCGGCGAGCGUGUGGCGGCGGUUCGUGUGAAUAUGGGGCGGCCGCUCUUCGCCCGCGGCCUGGUCCCGUGCCUCCUGCGCGCCGACGGCGGCUCGGAGGACGCGCCGGUCCUGAUGGCCGAGUACGCGCUCGCCGGCCGCGCGUUCCGCUACUCGUCGGUCCUGGUCGGCGUGCCGCACACAAUCAUCUUCGUCGAGCGGGCCGACGACGAGGAGCUGAUCGGUUCGCUGGGGCCGGCCAUGGAGAAGGACCACACGCUCUUUCCGCAGGGGACCAACGUCGGCUUCGUGCAAGUCCUGCCCGACAACCACAUCAACUACAGAGUGUGGGAGCGCGGUGUGGGGCCGACGCUGGCGUGUGGCACGGGCGCAUCGGCGGCGGCGGUCGUGGCGGCGGUGCUGGGCCACGUCGACGGCGAGCGACCGGUGCGAGCCCACCUGGCCGGCGGCGAUCUCACGCUUCGCGUCGACAUGUCGCCUCCGCUCGGCGGCGUCCAGGCCGACUCGCCCACGGGCCGCGCAGCGCGGGUGGAGCGGGUGUGGAUGGAGGGUCCUGCCGAGAUUGUCUGCGAGGGCGUCGCCAACAUCACGCUGUGA